UACUUUGUUAACAUACCACCGUGUUACAUAUUAGAGUAUUCUGGAUUUGACUGCAUACUUGCCUUAACCAGUGUGUUGUAUAUUUAAAUUUAUUUUAUGUCACUAAUGAACAUCCUUUCAUUUCAGUUUGAGGACUUCUUUCAGCAUUUCUUAUGAGGCGGGACUAGUGGUGAUGAACUCCAUCAGGUUUGCUUUGUCUGGGAGAGUUUUUAUUUCUCCUUCACUUCUGAAAGACAGCUUUUCUGGAUCGAGUCCUCUCGGUUGGCAGGUUUUCCUCCUAGCACUCUGAGUCUGUCCAUGGAUGGAGGCCAAACUGCUGUUGGUGGCGGGAGAGCCAAUGAGGCAUUGGUCUUUCAGCCAUGCUGCUGCUGUCACCGCAUCGUGCGGGUGGUUUAAAAGUAAACUCUCCUCCCCUGGCCCAAUAUUUCCCUGAUUUCUUCUUUCAUGGUAUAUGUGCCUCAUGACAUUUGAAAUACUGCCUGAAUGAAGUGUUACUUUUUCUGUGAAUUCUCUUUUUAUUUCUGGCUGCUCUGGGUCCUUGCCCCUGCAGUGCUUGGGCUUCAGUGUGGUGGCUUCUCUUGAUGCUGAGCGUGGGCUCUAGGGUGCUGGCUUCAGUCGCUGUGGAGCACAGUUUAGUUGCACCAUGGCAUGUGGGAUCUCCCCUGACCAGGAAUCGAACCCCUGACCCCUUUAUUGGCAGCACUGGACCACCAGGGAAGUCCCUAAGUUCACCAUUAUUAUAUUUAGUAGCAAAAUAAAAAAUAUAGUGUAAAUCUACUUGUGACUCCCAUGUGUAAGAGUCAAGGUGCUUAGCCAGUGGAUUCCAUCCGGGUUUCCAGAUGGAAACCUUGAGGUUUCUUGAGGUUCUUCUCAGUGUCUUUCCAGAUGCAUCUCUCUACUUCCUUCCAUGUAUUCUGUGCUCUUCCUUCCAGAUGCCCUGUGCCUGAUGUUUGUGCUCACAUGCAAAUCUCCAAGUGGAAUGAUUUUCUCCCUUUUCCGUUUCUCAUGACCUCCUCUCUUCACUUCUUCUGCAAAUCCUUCCUUAUUUCACUUAUCACUUUCAUAUGUCAACUUUUAUAUAUCAUAUUGUAUCAUAAACGUAUCUGUGUUUGAAGGAAGAAUUUGUUUUCUUGCAUAUGGUUAGUACUUCAUAACUAUUCUGUGAAUUAAUCAAUGACUUAAGAUGGGUAAGAGUUGGAAUUUUAUAAGAAUUGGUUUUUAUUCUUUAUCAGUUGAAUUAUUGGAAAACACUGGCUUUUUUGUGGACUUUUUAAAGUAGCGAUCCUGGUGUGCACAGGAAGGACGUAAAGAAAAAGAACAAUGGCAAAUGGACACCAGGAGGAUGUGUGAUUUCACCCAUAUUUGAAAAGACCGAUUCGCUGACUGGUGGCCUGCUGCACGUGAAUGAUGCCAGCGUUUUGAGGGAAGUGGCUCAGAGUGAUGGCAGGUGCCUUCUCCAGAUUCCUCGUUUGUAGGGGAGGAAGUAUUAGCACUGAGUUCUUCUGGAAAUAGAGCAGCAUUCUACAGUGCUCAGGCCAAGACAAGAGGUUGCUCACCUCUAGUGACGGACACUGCCGAAAGGUCACGGUGAGGACAGUGCCUCUGGCCGGACGUCAUUUCAGUAAAUAGCCCCCUUGGAAGCUGGACUGUAGGGAAUACACAUAAACGUUCCGUAGGGAAUGUUAUUGGGACAGGCAGUGAAGAACUGGAUGGUAACUGAAGAGGAAUUGGAGUUCACAGGUGUUUCUUGUUUUAUGUUAAGAAGGGAGCUUUUAGAGUGUGUAUGCUAUUGGAAAUGAGCCAGCAGAGGACGUGUUUAUUUAGUUUAGUCUUGUUUGCAUUUCCAACCCUAGAAAGCUUAUUAAUUGUAUGGCAUUAUCUUUAAAGUAUUAUGGUAACCUAAUUGUACAUAAUACUCCUGUUCAUGUAUAGUUUUAUGGUAAGGGCUUGUUCAUUGGUUCUGAAGUGUAAAAUUCCUAUGUAAUGGACUAUGCAGAUGAUUGCUUAAGUUAAUUCUAUCAUAUAUAGAUUUUCAAAAAUUACAUAAUUGUGAAUUUACAAACACUUAGGCUAUACUGAAUAGGAUAUGGUCAUUCCCUGAUGAUUCUAGUUGAUAGUGACAUGGUGAGUAGCUAUGAUUUUGUAAGGUGCUCUGAAACAUCACAUCAUAUUAACCUUCAUAGUUGUUUAUAGAUUCCAGGGAAAAGGGGAAGAUUUUGUUUCUAUUUAAUAGAAAAACAUUAUUAGCAGUCUUUCACAAAUUAUUCCUUUUGGAUGAUAAAGAUCUAAAUGACAAAAACUGUGCUUCCUGUACUAAGAGUGUCGUUAACACCAUACUGUGUGCUCAAUACAUGUACGUCAGAUGCAGGAAGAAACAGCAGGAUGGUUGAAUGAAUGCCUAUUGAUGAAUUUCUUUACAAAAAAACAAAACCUCAUGGACAGUAGAUUUCCAGUCUUGCCUACCUCUGAAGCCUUUUUAAUUUUUGAGAUAUAUGUUUUAAGAUUCAGAAAUCAUUUUUUAUAGCUAUAGCUAGACCUGACAUAGUACUAUACAUUCAUUUGCUAUCAUAUUACUUCAAAGGCUUUUCAGUCUUACUUUCUCAGCACAUUUAGGAAGAGCAGUGUUGACGCCGACUCCCUGGUUGAAUUCUGGGAGGUUGGUGAUGUGCUGAGGGACGUGGGCACGUCCCGCACCCUCUGUGAGUGCCCAUCUCCCAGAAGGACUGUGAGGCCUGAAUGCCUGCAAGACACGUCAGAUGCUUCUAACAAUGCAUGGAUGAUGCAUAGGAUGUCCUCAAAAAGCUAGUAUCUUGGUCAUUCAAAUGGGUUUCUUUCUUAGAAGGACUGGAAGAAUACCUCCCAGACAGGUCACAUUGCCAUAAAAGUUAGUUCUUAUUGAAAAGAACAGGUGCAAAAAACACUGGUAUACUGUUUCCUAUCACACAACGCAAGUAACUUUAUGUUUUUCCUUUUCCUUGGAUCUAACUUGAAUACUUUAUUAAUAUUACUGAUAUAUUUUCUGUGUUCUUUAAUGCUGCUCUUAUUUAUUUCUGCAUCCUUUAUAGACAAUUACUUGCCAAUGCAAAGAGUUUAUAUAAAACAGAAAAGUUUAGGUAUUGUUUGUAUUUUUGAAUAUUUACUAUUAGCCUGAAAAGAAUCAUUUGUUCUUUUAGGCCUGCAAGGAUAACACCGCAUGAAAAGAAGAAGGUCAAAGAACAAAUUAAUUACGUGAAUGACCUGGAUGACUUAACUCAGUCUUCUGAGACUGUUUCUGAGGAUGGCGACAUGCUUUACUCUACGAUUUCCACGUUGCAAGUGGAACCUCUCGACAUGGGGUGUAAAGAUUCGCCUUAAAGCAAGAAGAAGAGAAGAGAAGAAACACUAAUAUGUCAUGUGAAAAAAUUAGGGAGCAGUUAAGAAGAGUAGAAGACGAACAUAGUAAAGAAAUUGAAAUGAAACAGCAAUUAGAGUUCAGUCUCCGAGCACUCGAAAUGGAACUGAAGACUGUGAGAAACAAUUGGAAUCAGACUUCUGCUGGUCAUGAAGAAGCAAAAGACCUGUUGCGCAAAAACCACAUUCUGCAGGAAGAAAUUGCCAGCCUAAGACUGGAAAUAGAUGCAGUGAAAAGUCAGAACCUGGAAAAGGAAAGGAACUAUUUUGAGGACAUUGAAAUUGUCAAAGCAAAGAGUGAUGAUGCUCAAAAGGUGGUAAAACUGACUGAGGAAAUGUUAACAAAGACUAUAUCCCAGGAUACAGGCCAGCCUAAUGUUCUGGCAGCUGCGAAUAUGAUGCUAAAGUCUAAGCUGGAGAACAAAAAAGAAAGCAAACAAAGACUGGAAACAGAAGUGAAAUCCUACCGUUCUAAACUGGUUGCUGCUUCACACGAUCCUGAUCGAGGUCAGACAUCACCAAGAGACCUGGAACUUGCCUUCCAGAGAGCAAAAGACGAGUGGUUAUGCUUGCAGGACAAAAUGGAGUCUGAUGUGGCGAACUUAAAAGAUAACAGCAAGGCACUUUCCCAGCAACUGUCUACAGUGGAGCAUAAAUUCAAUAAGCUAAAAAUCAAGCUGCAGCACACAAGACAUGAUCUUAGAGAAAAGACCUUGACAUUAGAACGUGUCCAGAGAGACCUUCACCAAGCAGAGUGUCAAAAGCAGGAAGCUGAACACAUGUAUCGGAACGAACAAGGCAAAGUGAAGGAACACCUUGGAAAGCAGGAAUCCUUAGAGGAGAGAUUAUCUCAACUCCAGAGUGAAAACAUGUUGCUCCGACAGCAACUGGAUGAUGUGCAAAACAAAGCCGACAGUAAAGAGAAGACAGUCAUUGGCAUCCAAGACCAAUUUCAGCAAAUCGUCAGAAAACUCCACGCUGAAAGUGAGAAACAAGGUCUGAUGCUAGAAGAAAGAAACAAGGAGUUAAUCAGUGAACGGAAUCAUUUAAAAGAGAGACUGUGUCAGUACGAAAAUAAGAAAGCAGAAAGAGAAGCAGAUGUGAGACAACUUCGGCAAGAACUGGCUGACACCGUAAAAAAGCAGUCUAUGUCAGAGGCUUCACUGGAAGUCAUGUCACGCUAUUGUGCUAACUUAGACGAUGAGACACAGGAUUUAAAGAACAACUUCCGUCAACUCACAAGUCAGAGACAGGCAGAAUCUCAACAGGUGGAACUCAGAAUUAAAGACUUGGAAUCUGAACUCUCUAAGAUGAAAACUUUGCAAGAAGAUAAUAAAGCAGAGUUUGAAACAUAUAAGCAUCUCUACCUAGUAGAAUUUGAAGUUAGAAAGUCAUUGCAAGAUGAACUAGACAAGACUAAUGAGAGGCUGGCAGAGAUCAGCACCAAACUUGAGGUGGAGAAGCAGCAGAAGAGAUCUUUACUCGGCACUCUUAGCAGCACGCCAGUCCUGGAGCCCUCUUCUGUUGGAAAUUUCAAACCCACUUCAGGGUUCAAUGCAAAUCUGAUUUCAAGAGCAAACGUAGGGUUUUCUACCUCAAUUCGACGCCAUUCAAAUGACAGCAUGGAGACUUACUUGACCAAGAUGAGACGGGAGUUGGACAGGAGUAUAACUAGAGAAGUAAGGAAAGUUGAGGCUGAAUUGGCAUCUGAUGCCUUUCAAGUGUCUUCUCGAAGCUCUUCAGAUGGGUCAAAUGUGUAUGAUGACCAACUUUUGAAAGCAAAAGCAGAGUAUCAACAGAUUUUGUUUGAAAAAUAUAGGAUUUAGAAAGAUAAAUAGUAAACGUUUCCCUACUGGACUGUUUCCAUGACAUUUCAUUGUUUCCCAUUAAAGAU